AUUUCACUUCUGAUAUAAUAACAAACGGAUCUGAUCUUUGACGUCAGUGUCUGUAUUUUGUAUCAUUUCGUACAUUUUGCUAGUAUCGUUAGUAUUAACGCGUUUAAGAUGUAGAUCGUCUUUUGAGUCCGAAAGAAAUGAACAAGAUGUCCAGCUAACCUGUUUUUAUUUGCCAACGCUGGGACCCGAACAUCAGGUAGAGAAUUGUCUUGUGGACGACCAUCUCUAACCCAGUAAGAUGGGGAAUCAGCUCGCAGGAAUCGCUCCAUCGCAAAUACUCGCAGUGGACAGUUACUUCUCAGACAUCCAUGAUUACGAGUAUGACAAGAGCCUGGGCAGUACACGGUUCUUCAAAGUGGCCCGAGCCAAACAUAGAGAGGGUUUGGUGGUGGUUAAGGUCUUCGCGAUCCAGGACCCCUCCCUGCCCCUGACCAGCUACAAGCAGGAGCUGGAGGAGCUGAAAAUCCGACUGCACUCUUGUCAAAACUGUCUCCCUUUUCAAAAAGCCACGCUCACCGAAAAAGCAGCCAUUCUCUUUCGCCAGUACGUGCGUGAUAACUUGUACGACCGCAUCAGCACACGUCCAUUCCUCAACAACGUGGAGAAGAAGUGGAUCGCCUUCCAGAUCCUCAAUGCUGUGGAUCAGGCCCAUAAAUCCGGUGUGCGUCACGGCGACAUUAAAACCGAGAACGUGAUGGUAACAAGCUGGAACUGGGUGCUGCUUACGGACUUUGCUAGUUUUAAACCCACGUACUUGCCAGAGGACAACCCUGCAGAUUUCAACUACUUUUUCGACACGUCGAGGAGGAGGACGUGCUACAUCGCUCCCGAAAGAUUUGUGGAUGGCAGCAUGUUUGCAACAGAAAGCGACCAGACAACUCCGCUUGUGGAUCUCUCCAGCAGUGGCCAGAGGACCAGAGGAGAGCUCAAGCAGCCCAUGGACAUCUUCUCAGCUGGAUGUGUGAUUGCAGAGCUAUUCACAGAAGGAGUUCCACUGUUCGAUCUCUCACAGUUGCUGGCUUACCGUAACGGACAUUUCCAAACCGAACAAGUGCUGAUGAAAAUUGAGGAUCGAUGUAUAAGAGAGCUGGUGUUGCAAAUGGUACAGCGAGAACCAGAAAAACGUCUGACGGCCGAAGAAUACCUGAAACAUCAGCGAGGCAAAGCUUUCCCAGAAAUCUUUUACACCUUCCUCCAACCCUACAUGGCCCAGUUUGCCAAGGAGACCUUCCAGUCCGCUGACGAAAGGGUGCUGGUGAUCCGUAAGAACCUGGAGAACAUUCUCAACAACCUGUGCGGGGAUGCUGGGAAACCAGAAAAACAGGAGAAGGCAUCUGAAGAGCUUAGUUCUUCCAAGGAGCAGGGUCUGGUGGUGCUGGUGUCUGUGAUCACUUCCUGUCUCCAGACGCUGCGCUUUUGCGAUUCCAAGCUGGCUGCGCUGGAGCUGGUACUGCAUCUGGCAGGUCGGCUGAAUGUGGCGAUACUGCUGGACAGAAUCACACCGUACCUGCUGCACUUCUGCAACGACUCCAUGCCCCGCGUCAGGGCUGAAGCCGUGCGCACGCUGACCAAAGUGCUCGCGCUGGUCAAGGAGGUUCCUCGGAACGACGUUAAUAUCUACCCGGAAUACAUCUUGCCUGGGAUUGCACACUUGGCCCAAGAUGAAGCCACGAUUGUCAGACUUGCUUAUGCGGAAAACAUAGCUCACUUAGCUGAGACAGCUCUGCGUUUUCUGGAGCUCGUGCAAGAGAACAAUUUGAGCUCUGAACAAGACGUAAAUGGAGAAGACACAGAAGAAAUCCUUCACCCCAAUGAAAACUACGAUUCGGAGUUGCAGGCACUACAUGAGAUGGUUCAGCAGAAGGUUGUGACUUUACUGAGCGAUCCGGAGAACAUCGUCAAACAGACGCUGAUGGAGAACGGCAUCACGCGCCUCUGCGUGUUCUUCGGCCGGCAGAAGGCCAACGACGUGCUCCUCUCCCACAUGAUCACCUUCCUCAAUGACAAAAAUGACUGGCACCUCCGUGGGGCUUUCUUCGACAGCAUAGUGGGUGUCGCAGCAUAUGUGGGCUGGCAGAGUUCCUCCAUCCUGAAGCCUCUUCUGCAGCAGGGCCUGAGUGAUGUUGAGGAGUUUGUCAUUUAUAAAGCGCUCAACGCUCUUACUUUCAUGUGUCAACUGGGAUUGCUGCAGAAGCCUCACAUCUAUGAGUUUGUCAGUGAUAUUGCUCCUUUCUCGUGUCACCCCAAUCUGUGGAUCCGCUAUGGAGCUGUGGGUUUCAUCACGGUGGUUGCUCAGCAUCUAAACAUCGCUGACGUCUACUGCAAACUCAUGCCCCAUCUCAAUCCCUUCAUCACCCAGCCUAUUAUACAGAUUGAUAUAAAGAUCGUGCUGCUCAGCGUGCUGAAAGAGCCAGUGAGUCGUUCCAUCUUCGACUAUGCACUGCGCUCCAAAGACAUCGGCAACCUCUUCCGACACCUGCUGCUCCGGCAAAAAAAACGCAACGGCUCCAUCCCAGAAUGCCCCAUUCCAGAGGACCCUGCGAUUGCUCAGCUGCUUAAGAAACUUCUGUCACAGGGAAUGACAGAAGCUGAGGAGGACAAGCUUUUGGCUCUCAAAGAUUUCAUGCUCAAGUCCAACAAGGCCAAAGCCAACAUCAUAGACCAGAGUCACCUGAAUGAUGGUGCUCACAGCGGAAUUAUUGAUCUCGGAACGCUGGGCAUCACCGGCCGACAGGUGGACCUUAUCAAACCCAAGCAGGAGUCAGAAGACAAAAGAGAUUUCAUCAAUACUGUCUCUGCUCGCAAACAUACGAAACAGGAUUCUAACUUGAACGAAGAGUGGAAGAGCAUGUUCGGUUCUCUGGAGACGCCCAGCUCCGCCCCGACACCUCCGACGGUACCUGAGAGCGGAGGCGUGCAGCCCAGAAAAGCCACAGCACUCCCCACUAUUCAGGUGGUGCAGUCCGUAACCGGAACGUCUACGUAUCAACGCCGCAUCACCACAUGCAAGGCAGAGCUGCAGCAGCUGGUGCAGCAAAAGAGAGAGCAAUGCAACUCCGAGCGCAUGGCCAAACAGAUGAUGGAAAGUGCAGAGUGGGAAAGCAAACCUCCGUUGCCAGGGUGGCAUCCAAAAGGUCUCCUAGUGGCCCAUCUUCACGAGCACAAAGCCACUGUGAAUCGAAUCAGAGUCUCAGACGAACACUCCAUUUUUGCAACAUGCUCAAAUGAUGGAAGUGUUAAAAUCUGGGACAGCCAGAAAAUGGAGGGCAAGACGACCACCACAAGGUCUGUGCUGACGUAUUCUCGGAUUGGAGGCUUUGUGAAAACAUUGACCUUUUGCCAGGGGUCACAUUACCUCGCUGUGGCAUCAGACAAUGGUUCCAUCCAGCUUCUCGCAGUGGAGGCGAACAAGCCCCCCAAAUCACCCAAAGUCCAGUCCUGUCAGACCAGGUUUUUGGAUCUGAAGGAUGAGGGCUGUGUGGUGGACGUUCAUCACUUUAACUCCGGGCCGCAGACGGUGCUGGCCUACGCCACCGUGAAUGGUUUCUUGGUGGGUUGGGACCUCCGCAGCAACAGCAAUGCCUGGACCCUCCGUCACGACCUGCGUCAGGGACUCAUUACGUCCUUCGCUGUUGACAUGCACCAGUGUUGGCUGUGUGUGGGCACAAGCAAUGGCACUAUGGCAUGCUGGGAUAUGCGCUUUCAGCUACCAAUUUCAAGCCACUCCCAUCCAACCCGAGCUCGAAUCAGGCGGCUGCUCAUGCAUCCACUCUACCAGUCGUCCGUCAUCGCAGCUGUGCAAGGUAACAAUGAGGUGUCCAUGUGGGACAUGGAGACAGGAGACAGGAAGUUUACGCUGUGGGCCAGCUCCACCCCUCCACUUUCAGAGAUGCAGCCAUCUCCUCACAGUGUGAAUGGGAUAUACUGCAGUCCCGCUGAUGGAAACCCUCUGUUACUGACAGCUGGAUCUGACAUGAGAAUCAGGUUUUGGGAUCUGGCCUACCCCGAGAGGUCGUACAUUGUCGCCGGUGGUGCGAAUGACUCUCUUCAUUGUCCUUCUGUGUUUUACAACCGCAAGAUCAUCGAGGGGACGGAAGUAGUACAGGAAAUUCACAGCAAGCAGAAGAGCGGAUCCACCGAAGACACACCUCGCCGUGGCCCCGAGUCCCUCCCUGUGGGCCAUCAUGACAUCAUCACUGACAUCGCUACUUUCCAGACCACCCAGGGCUUCAUAGUCACGUCCUCUAGAGAUGGUAUUGUCAAAGUCUGGAAAUGAGUUGUGCCGUGCCCUUUGUAUGGACGUCCGAACAUGCUCAAUGUGAAUUUAAAUAUGCCAAUUAAUAUAAUUUUGUCUGAAAAUAAAAUACAUUUUAAAAAGAAACUAAGCAAUGUAUCCAGCACCUGUAGUGAGACACAGUAUAAAUGUUGUUUCGGAACAUGUAUAUACAACUUCAGAAUGAAAGACAUGCAAAGUAUGGGACUGAAACUUUCACUGUAAGCGCCGUUAUAGGAAUGCAUACGGUAAAAUAAUGCACAAAAAAAUACACUGUAGUGAUCAGAGUUUUUAUUGUCGAGUACCAGUUAAGUACAUAACAUUACAUUAUAUCCAAUAUAUCAAUAAAAUAAAUUUGAAUGAAAACAGAAUAAUAA